AUGUUUAGUGAAGUGGCACUUCGAUCAUGGGGCAGCCCAUUCUUCGACGACAAAGCUGAGACCGCUAGACUAAGCCGAUUACAGCUGUUAGUUAUUGCUGGCAUAUACAUUGGUGUUCUUCUGGCAAGCUCCGGGGAUACGUUGGUUGUUGCCGUUUAUAACUCUAUCGGCUCGGAUUUUCACGAUCUCUCAAAAGGGGCAUGGCUGCUUGUGUCGUAUAGUCUAGGGUCUUGUAUUUCCUCCCCUACGUUCGGGACAUUCGAUGAACUUUACGGAAAGAAGACGACGCUGUUAUGGACAUAUUUCCUCUUCGCUGCUGGGAAUAUCUUCUGCGGAGCUAGUACUUCAAUGCCUCAGCUAGUGGCAGCAAGAGUAUUAGUUGGGCUUACCAGUGCGGGAAUAAUCUGCUCAUCAUCCUCCACUGUGACCGGGCUCAUCCCAUCCGAUAAGGCUACUUGGCUUCGAAGUUACGCCGAUGUGGCCAAUACAAUUGGGCGCAGUUUGGGAGCUGCAGUUGGGUUUCUAUUCACAAAAACAAUCGGAUGGAGAUGGUGUUUCUAUAGCAACGUGCCGUUGAUUCUUCUCUGCGCCUUCAUUGUCGUAUACCAGAUCCCACCUGAUUCACCAAAGUCCUCGCAAAGAAUGGACAAGAGUCUUCUUUCCGGAGUCCAGAACAUUGAUUGGGCUGGUAUAUUCAGUCUCGCAGUCACAUUAGUGCAACUAAUUCUCUUCAUCCAGACUCUUCAACCGGGCCAAAUCCAGCAAGCCCGUAUGUUAUACAUAACAGGGGCUGGGUCUAUUUUCUCCAUAUCAAUCUUUGUUUGGAUAGAGACAUCCUGGGCGUCCCAUCCAAUACUCCCUCUUGGCUCGAUGAAAAAGGCGUUUGGGGGAUACUGUCUUUCACAAUUCUUAAUAUUGUCCGGCCGGACCGGGCUCCUCACCAGCGUAGUUCCUUAUUUCACUCGAGCUAACAUUGGUGGUGACAUAACAACACUCCUAGCAGGUGGCAUGUUACUUGUCGGCCUACCCGUUGGAGGGAUUCUGGCAAAUCACCUAGUCAGACAGACACGCCGUUAUAAGCGCUUAGAGCUCAUCGCAAUCGUUCUACUCGUGCUAACCUACCUCGUCGUCUUCCUGCGGUGGCGGGAGGGUAUACAAAUCUGGGAGAUCCUGUUUCUGUUCCCCUCAGGCUUAGCAGCGGGAAUGUUCCUUACUACUCAGUUCAUUGGCAUGACUACGGAGCUAACAGAGAAUAACUUGAUGCAAUGCACCGGCACGUACUACUUAUUCCAACAACUAGGUAGAAUUCUAGGCCCUGCCAUAGGUUUCGCUUUGAUCCAAGGAAAUUUUCAGGCGAGAUUAAACUGGAAGCUACGGGGUCGACCUAAUACCUCAGAGCUAGUCCGUGAUAUCCUCAACGAUGACAAAUUCGCCCGUACAUUGCCAGUCCCAAUGCAGGGUGUUGUCCGUGAAUGCUACUUGUAUGGGUUUCAAUUUGCUGCACUGUUUUCAAUAUUUAGUACUAUUGCGGCACUGCCUAUUGUUGUACUGGUAAGAGAGGCUCAUUUAGACUAA